GAAUCAACUGCCAGAGAAAUGGCCGCACCGCUAGUGUUCCGAGUGUCCAUCGUGACACUGUUGUUAGUCUGUGCCGCGUCACAAAUCACCGCCACCGUACGGGACCUUGAGGAAAAGGAUUGGUACGAGCACGCCACCUUCUACCAGAUCUACCCGCGCUCGUUCAAGGAUAGCAAUGGCGACGGUAUCGGUGACCUGAAGGGCAUCACUUCGAAGCUAGAGUAUCUGGCCGGUCUUGGUAUCGAUGCGGCCUGGCUGAGUCCACCAUUCAAGUCUCCGUUGCGUGACUUUGGUUACGAUGUGUCCGAUUUCUACGACAUACAGCCCGAGUAUGGUACGGUGGCUGAUAUGGAGGAGCUGAUCGAGGAAUCGCACCGUCACGGUAUCAAGCUGAUGCUGGACUUUAUCCCGAACCAUAGCAGCGACGAGCACCAGUGGUUCAUCGAGUCGGCCCGAGGCAAUCCGACGUACCGAGACUACUACGUUUGGCAUCCGGGGCGGAUAAACUCGGUGACCGGGGUCCGGGAACCGCCAAACAACUGGAUCUCCGUGUUCGGUGGUUCGGCUUGGAAGUUCCACGAGGGACGCGGUGAGUACUAUCUGCACCAGUUCACGGAUAAGCAGCCCGAUCUGAACUACCGCAAUCCGGCCCUGCUCCGGGAUAUGACGGCCAUGUUAAGCUUCUGGCUCGGGAAGGGUGUCGAUGGGUUCCGGCUCGAUGCGAUCAACCACAUGUUCGAGGAUGAGCAGCUGCGUGAUGAGCCACCGGGUUGGGGGCCACCCGGUUCCUACGACGAGCUCGAUCACAUCUACACCAAGGACAAUCCGGAUACGUACGAAGUGGUGUACGGUUGGAGGCAGCUGUGUGAGGACUAUGGCCGCCAGACGGGCAAAACGAUCAUCCUGAUGACGGAGGCGUACGCGUCGAUCGAGAACACGAUGCGGUACUACGAGGAAUCGCCGGGCGGACGGCAGGGUGCCCAUAUGCCUUUCAACUUCCAGCUCAUCUACGAUUUCAAUAGUGAUCAGAAUGCGAUUGGGUUGAAGCAAUCGAUUGACUUCUGGUUGAACCAUAUGCCGGCACGCCAAACACCGAGCUGGGUCGCGGGAUCGCAUGAUCACUCCCGUGUGGCCAGUCGCGUUGGGUUGGUGAAGGUUGAUCAGUUGCUUACCCUGCUCCACACACUUCCCGGUACCAGUAUCACCUACUACGGAGAAGAGAUCGGAAUGCUGGACUACAAGGCGGCCGAACAGUUUGACAACCGUGAUCCGAACCGCACACCGAUGCAGUGGGACAACACCAUAUCUUCUGGGUUCAGUACGAACCGGACCACCUGGUUACCGUUGCAUCCGGACUAUCCGACGCGUAAUGUCGCGAUGCAGGAGUCCGCGGACAAGAGCACCCUUAAGCACUUUCGCACAAUGACCAAGCUGCGUCGCCAUCGAACAAUGAUCGAUGGAGAGUUCACACAUCGGACGGUCGGACGUGAUGUGUACGCUUUUAGUCGGGAUCUGCACGGUGAGGAUUCGUUCGUGACGGUGCUCAAUAUGGCUGCUGAGGGGCGUACGGUGGAUCUAGGGGACUUUGUCAACCUGCCAGCUUCGCUGACGGUGGAGAUUGCGCAACCAAACUCCAAUUAUAAGGCAGGCGAUGAAGUGUCCAUCCACCAGGUGAAGCUGCUGGCACACGAUUCCGUCGUACUGCGCGGAGUGGUGUCCGGUUCCGCUACCGUUCACCUUUCGUUGGCUGUCGCCAUCUUGGCGUUCGUGAAAAAUGUUUUGUUCUAAAUCCGAAGCAGCAGUAGCAGCAGGUGUCACUAUGGCGCAAUAAAAAUGGAAUACACACAAAGGGAAUGCAAAAUACAGCGGCGGAGACAGUACUUGUAGGUGCUCUCUCCAAGAAUCCCAGGCCGAACGAAGAAGUUUUGCGAAACAACUGGAUUGGAUUGUGAAUUUGAUUAAACAUUUAAUUUUCCGA